CCAUGGCUUCUCGAGGGGUCGUGGGCAUUUUCUUCCUCUCUGCUCUCCCCCUCUUGUGUCUGGAGCUCCGGCGUGGGAUCCCAGAUAUAGGAAUUAAAGAUUUCAUUUUGCUGUGUGGACGGAUUUUCUUACUGCUUGCUCUUCUUACUUUAAUUAUCUCUUUGACUACCUCAUGGCUUAACUCAUUUAAAUCUCCCCAAGCUUAUCUGAAAGAAGAAGAAGAAGAGAAGCAUGAGAAAAGGCAAAAACUUGUGAGAAAAAAGCAGCAGGAGGCACAGGGUGAAAAGGCCAACAGAUACAUAGAGAACGUUUUAAAACCUCACCAGGAAAUGAAAUUGAAAAAACUGGAGGAGCGCUUUUAUCAGAUGACGGGUGAAACCUGGAAGUUAAGCAAUGGUCACAAACUCGGGGGUGAUGAAGAUUCGGUGCUUGAACAUGCAAGUCAGACAUCUUUUAAAACAUCAAACAGAGAAGCAGCAAAGAGACGGAACUUGCCUAAGCCUUUAACCGAAGUUCCACCACCUGCUGAACAGCCUACGUGGAAGGAGGUUUUUGAUUUACCUGAAGAACCACCUGAAACGGCCAAAGAAACAGUUACUGUUGCUCUCCGAAGUCCAAGUGGGCGUGUCCUGAGGAGAAGGUUUUUUAAGUCUUGCAGUUCCCAGGUCUUACUCGACUGGAUGAUGAGACUUGGGUACCACACGUCCCUUUACAGCCUUUCUACUUCCUUCCCCAGAAGGCCUCUGGAAGUGGAGGGAGGCUUGUCACUGGGGGACGUGGGGAUUACUGUGGAUACCGUGCUCAACGUGGAAGAGAAAGAGCAGAGCAACUAGGAGAGUGACGAGAACUACGUGUUCUACGUAAAAUCAGUUAUGCCAUGACCUUACGCGACAAUAAAGGCUUCACAUUAAACUCGUGCCAUACCUUGAUUGAGCUCAAGGCAGUAAACUUUUAAUGUUGACAUCCAUGGGGACCUCAGCAUAAAGGAUUGUCCUCUGCACAUAAUAAUCUGUGGACUGUGCCAUCUUACAAUGUACUAAAUGAGAUUGAGAUAAAAAUGCAUAUAAUAAGGCCAGCAAUAAUUUGUAUUUUUCCCAGCUGACAUCAUUUCUCAGUGUGUUAGAAAACAAAGUCUUAGAACCUUGGU